GAAUUUCCCAGGGGCAUUUACUCCAACUACAUUCUCUGCUCUGUUCUUCUGUCAGGUUGUCUUUUAAUACAUUAAAGUUUAUCCUCCUCUCUCUCUUUCUCUCUCUAAGCUUCGCAAAAGAUAAUAAUCAUCUCCUUUGCAAGAGGAGCUCACAAUGCAGACGAGAACGGUUCAAGUGAAGCAUGUAUCAGAUCUAGCAAGUGAGAGAGAGAUUCACGAGUUUUUCUCUUUCUCUGGUGAAAUCGAGCACAUUGAGAUCAUACGUGAAAAUGGGCAAUCAAAAACAGCAUUUGUUACAUUCAAAGAUCCUAAAGCGCUUGAAAUUGCUUUGCUGUUAUCGGGAGCAACUAUUGUUGACCAGAUAGUGAGUAUAACUCCUGCAGAAAAUUAUGUGCCAAAUCAGGAGACACUGGAAGUAAGAAGGGCAGACACUUCUGUAUCUGCUGUUCCUGCUGAAAGUUCUCCAUCAAAUGUUGAGGCUAAAACUAGCCCCCCUAGCAAUGGAAAUAUUUACAUCAGUAGAGCGCAAGAAGUGGUUUCAACUGUGCUGGCAAAAGGUUCAGCUUUUCGCCAAGAUGCAGUGAAUAAGGCCAAGGCAUUUGAUGAAAAACAUCGCUUGACUGCUAGUGCAUCUGCCAAGGUAGUUUCUUUUGAUCAGAGAGUUGGGCUCACGGAGAAAUUGACAGUUGGCAUUUCAGCAGUCAAUGAGAAAGUGAAGUCUGUGGACCAAAGGCUUCAUGUUUCAGAUAAAACCAUGGCAGCAAUAUUUGCAGCGGAGAGGAAGAUAAAUGACACAGGAUCAGCUGUCAAAUCAAGCAGAUAUGUGAUAGCUGGAGCAGCUUGGCUAAACGGUGCCUUUAGUAAGGUGGCAAGGGUAGGUCAGGUUGCUGGUACAAAAACCAGGGAGAAAUUCAAUUUGGCUGUUUCAAACUUAACUGCGAAGGAAUCUCCAAUUGCUGUGUAAGCAACAAAUUGAUGUCACUAUAAGCUGCUUCUCGAGAUCUUUUGUGACAAAUGCAUUGAACAUCUACGUUUCUCCAAUCGUUUACUUCGGGGGAGCAAAAUGUAGAGAUUGGAGAUUCAGGCUUGCUGAAGGAGGAUGAGAAGAAAAUCUGUGCAAUUUUCCCUUUAUGUGCAUCUUCACCUUUGGCUUGGCGUGUCGAUUGUCAUGGACAAUAUAAUUCUAUUUUUCAUAUUCUUUGAUUUCCAAGGUAAUAUGCCUUUGGCUUCAUCGUUAUUUUGUUUUUGUAACAAAGAUUAAAGAGAAAAAAGAAAAAACGUUGCCAUAGAAUGCCACCAUUUCUGAGCAUCAGAACUUUGGAUUUCUCUUUUCUUUUCUUGUUUGUAUAAAAGCGAUGCAUUUGAUAUUUCUGACAAAUGAAUUUAGGAAACUUUUAUCAA